AUGUGCGAAUAUCGGAGGAGUGCAGCGAUCCCGUUGCUGUUGCUGUGGAGCAGCUCAGUGAGGCUGGACACGCCUCGAUUCCAGCGCGAGCCCUGUCUCUAUGCCACGGAUGAGUGUCCCAACGCGCGCAUCAGCUUUUGGCUCUAUACCAACUCCAGUCGUGAUGCUCCUGUUCAGCUGGAUCCACUUAAUCUGCAGGCGAGCUCCUUUGAGCCUCGCCUACCUUUGAAGAUCCUCAUCCACGGCUUCACUGGCAACCGCAGCCUGACGCCCAAUGCGGAGGUGCGCGGCGUGCUGCUCCAAGCGCAGCCCGUUCAUGUGAUCUCCGUUGACUACGGCAGCCUCGUGCGGUUCCCCUGCUACUACCCGUGGGCGGUGCGCAACGCUCCGGUGGUGGCCAAGUGCCUGGCGCAGCUGAUCGACAAUCUCUUGGCCAGCGGCCUCUACCGGCGGGAGCAACUGCAUCUCAUUGGCUUCAGCCUGGGCGGCCAGGUGGCGGGCUUGACGGCCAACUCAGUGCAGGAGCCCCUAUCGCGCAUAACGGGCCUGGAUCCAGCCGGACCCGGUUUUAUGACCAACAGGCUGGAGGAUAAGCUCGAUGCGAGCGAUGCCGACUUCGUGGAUGUCAUUCACACAGAUCCCUUCUUCUUCUCCCUGCUGCCGGCCAUGGGUCACGCGGACUUCUAUCCCAACCUCGAUCAGCUCAGUCAGCCCGGCUGCACGUACAUCAAUCACUGGCGCCCCUACAACUGCAACCACUUCCGCGCCGCCAUCUACUACGGCGAGUCCAUUGUCAGCGAGCACGGCUUCUGGGCCCAGCAAUGCAGCGAUUGGAUGCAGUAUUUCACGCGACGCUGUGGCCUCCACGCCCAUCGCCUCAACACUCAGAUGGGCUACUUUGUGUCGGAGAACUCAUCUGGUUCCUUUUUUCUGAGCACUAAUGAAAAACAUCCUUAUGCCAAGGGGCCCAUUUCAAUAAUCGUGCCUGAAAUCUCGGAAACCUGA